AUGCAUUCCACAUCACUGUUGCUUGUGGCAUCAACAUUGCUCUCCUCGCUAUGUACCGCCUCUCCCACAGCAUUCGACACCCAAGCGGAUAGCAAGACCAUCAUGCAGUACCACGAAAUCGACCUCGAUGCGUACGAGAAGACUGGCAUGACCAACUCCACCCUCCACGAGAGGAAGCAAGUCGAAAUCUGCGGAGUCAAGUUCCAGGUCACGGGGACCGGCUGUUUGACGGUCGCUAGUAUUGGCUCUUCAAUGGCCCUGGGUAUUGCCAAUCUUGUUUACACCAAGUCCCAAUCGAGGACUUGCACGCCGCAAGAGUUUGAUAAUGUCAACUAUCAAUACGCUGUGCGUGCCAAGGGUAAUUGCUACACCACUGCUCAGCGGGAGACUAUCGAGGGUGCAAUCGAUCACUACAUCGAUGAGAAUUUCGAUACCCGUAUGUGUGGCGUGCAGUGCAUGAAGCUUACACAUGGAGGGAAUUGGCAAGGAUAUGUUGUGUUUGGAAAGCCUGACUACGAUUGGAGGUAUUACCUUGACAUGUGUGCGUCAGUCAGUAAGCUAGGUCAUUGCGAGAGUGGUGGAAAGAAGUACGUUGGGGAUAUCUAG